CAACCCUCAAAUAUCCCUUAUCCUCACAUAAUAUCACUUUCUCAUCCCAUUGGACACAGUCUCUCCACAUCAGCAUUGCCCCUUCUCACUUCUUAUCACCUAAAAAACAAAAAAACAGAACUUCACAAAUCCAAAAGGGAAGAAAACUACAGAUCACUUGUUCCUGCCAAGAAAGAAUGGCAGCCACUGCAAUUUCCUCUUCUUUCUACACACCCAACACCCCCAAAAGCUUAGGCUCCAGAAAUUGGCCUAAUAAUCGUAUGUUGAGAUUUUCAUGUACCAAAUCACUACAAUUUCUCUCACUUUCUCACCAGAGAUUGAGCCCCACUAGCAGCACCAAGUGGAGGAUUCUGCGCCUAACGGCGGCCGUGGCCCAAGAAGAGGCGGAGGCGGCGGCGGCUCUGACUGAGCAGCCGGCGGAGGAAGAGGCGGCUGAGGAGCUUCCGGACGGUGGUGUGGGGGAGGAGGAGAGUGGCGGAGAAACUACGAAGCUUUAUUUUGGGAAUUUGCCGUACCUUUGUGAUAGUUCGCAGCUUGCUGGUAUAAUCCAAGAGUAUGCUUAUGCUAGCCCAGAACUAGUUGAGGUUCUUUACGACAGGGAAAGCGGAAAAAGCAGAGGAUUCGCGUUUGUGACAAUGAGUAGCAUCGAAGAGUGCAAUACGGUCAUCCAACAUCUUGAUGGAAAGGAAUUUGGUGGUCGAACAAUGAGAGUUAAUUUCUCGGACAAGCCUAGACCGAAGGUGCCAUUAUAUCCGGAAACCGAGCACAAACUAUUUGUUGGGAACCUAUCAUGGACCGUCACUUCCGAGAUUCUAACCCAAGCUUUUCAAGAACAUGGUGACGUGGUCGGAGCUAGGGUUUUGUACGAUGGAGAGACGGGAAAGUCUCGUGGCUAUGGCUUCGGAAUUGGGGAACUCAAUAGUCUUUCCCUUCGUAUUUUUAAAAUAAAGCAAAAGCCACGGCUUCGAAAGGGGUGGAGGAGAAAGUUGCCAGGAAGACCAGAAAGCAAGAUAUUUCGAUUUUCCUUCUCUCUCAAAUUGGUACAAGCAGCAGCAGCCAUGGCCGCCGACGAAAAUGGCAUCGUCCACAUCCUAAUCGUCCCUUACCCCGCCCAAGGCCACAUGCUCCCCCUCCUCGACCUCGCCCACCACCUCGCCGCCCGCGGCCUCUCCAUCACCAUCCUAAUCACCAGCGGCAACCUCCCGAUCCUCGCCCCAAUCCUCGCCGCCCACCCCUCCUCCGUCCAAACCCUUACCCUCCCCUUCCCCUCCCACCCCUCAAUUCCCGCCGGCGUCGAGCACAUCAAGGAUCUCGGCAAUCAAGGCAACCUUCCCAUGAUCGCCGCCCUCAGCGCCCUCCAGGACCCCAUCUCCGAUUUCUUCCUCGGCUGGACCCACCGCCUCGCCGCCCGCCUCGCCGUCCCCCGGAUCGUGUUCUUCAGCUCCGGCGCUUUCGCGGUGGAUCUCCUCAACAGCCUCUGGGUGAACUCAGAGAGCGUCGAUCCAGGGGCAGAAUUGGAAUUUCCCGAUUUCCCGGGGUCUCCGAGCUUCCCCUGGGAACACAUUCCUUCCGUGUUCCGGCGGUACAAGGAAUCCGGGCCUUCUGCUGCCGGUACCCAUUUCAACCUGCACAGAACCUCCAUGAUCGAUAAUUUCUCAGCCUGGGCCGCCAUCACCAACUCAUUCCAGGCCCUGGAAGGCCCAUUUCUGGCCCAUAUGAAAAAGGCCAUGUCCAGCCCACGAUUCUACACUGUCGGCCCGUUAAACAUCGUAUCCAGGCCGGGCCCAGACUCGCCCGAUCCCCAAAAUCACGCAGUAAUCUCAUGGCUGGACGAGUGCAACGACGACAGUUCAGUUCUGUUCGUCUGUUUCGGGAGCCAGAAGGUUCUCAGCACGGCCCAAAUGGAGGCGCUGGCAAACGGGCUUGACAAAAGCAAGGCCCGUUUCAUCUGGGCCACAAACGGGCCCGUCCCAGACGGGUUUGACAGCCGGGUCUCGGGCCGCGGCCUAGUCUUGAGAGGGUGGGCCCCACAGAGAGCGAUACUGGGCCACCGGGCAGUGGGCUGGUUCCUUAGCCACUGUGGAUGGAACUCUUUACUGGAGGCGGUGGUAGCUGGCCCUGUGAUAUUGGGCUGGCCCAUGGAAGCGGACCAGUUCGUGAACGCCAAGCUGUUGGUGGAUUACUUGGGGGCUGCAUUUAGGGUUUGUGAAGGAGGGGACACAGUGCCUGACCCGGAUGAGCUGGCCCGAAAGAUAUCCGAGUCGAUUCGUGUGGGCUCGAAGGAGAGGGCUAGGGCUAAGGAGUUGAGGGAUGGUGCAUUAGAAGCAAUUGCGAUUGGAGGGAGUUCUAAUAGGGAUUUGGAUGGGCUUGUGCAAGAGCUAGAAAAACCGAACAGCAACAAAUGUCUUGCUGGCUUCGAGCAAUAUUACGAGCUUUACACGAUUCUUCAACCUGAAUAA